UCCAGCGCGGGCGCUCGGAAGGCCUCUUCGCCAUUUUUCUCCGGCUGCAGUCCAAUAGAACCAGCCAAAAUGGUUAUGCCAGUAGUGAAACCGAGGAUCGUCAAAAAAAGACGAAAGAGGUUUAUCAGGCAUCAGUCUGAUAGAUAUAAGAGAGUUGGGGAAAGCUGGCGUAAACCCAAGGGAAUAGAUAACCGAGUACGUCGUCGAUUCAAGGGCCAAUACUUAAUGCCAAGCAUUGGUUAUGGUAGCAAUCGCAAAACACGACAUCUCAUGCCCGAUGGCUUCAAGAAAUUUGUUGUACACAAUGUUAAGGAACUUGAAGUCAUGAUGAUGCUAAACCGAACCUAUGCUUGUGAAAUAGCACACAAUGUCUCGAGCAGAAAACGGAAAGAGAUUGUUGAGAGAGCACAACAGCUAGCCAUCAAAGUCACUAAUGGCAGUGCUCGUCUGCGAAGUGAAGAGAACGAGUAAAUGGUUGUCUUUCUGUAUAAUAAAAAUCAAUUCUAAAGGA